AAACCAUACCACAAACCAGUUCAAACAUUUUAUUACACCUUAAGAUUAUGAAUCAGAGAGGAUCAAUCUGUGCCGGUUUAUUUAUUUUUUUUUCCUUAUUGAUCCCGGUUUAGAAGCUUACUCCAAACCCGGUUAAUACUUUUUAAAUUUAAAAUCGACAAUCCGCUUAGGUUAACACUUAAUCGGUUGGCGCAAAUCCACUUUCAUUCGAGACGGCGCGGUGUGACGUCGUCGCAGAAUCAAUGAUCCUCUCCGUCGCCGUCAAAGCCAAGAAGAACUCUACACUCAUCUCUUUGAUGCUACUAUCCUCCUUCUCCUCCGCCGCGUCGUCCUCGUCAUCAACAGUCUCCUUGAAACCAAGCGGGCGGUUACAACAAACUCUCGCGGCACCUGUGGAGGUGAACGGCAAGGCUCUGCAUUCCGGCAAGCUUUCGACGGUGAAGCUACUUCCGGCGAUCGCCGGAGCUGGGAGGUGCUUCGAGUUUCGCUCCAGAUCAAUCCCCGCGUCGAUCGAGUUUGCUCAGGAGUCGCCUCUGUGCACAACGCUGUUGAAAGACGGUCUCAGGAUCCGAACCGUCGAACACUUGUUGUCAGCUCUCGAGGCUAAGGGCGUUGAUAAUUGCAAAAUUCGAAUCGAGAGCGAUAGUCCAGAUGAUCGGGAAGUCGAGGUCCCUAUUUUUGAUGGAUCAGCCAAAGAAUGGGUUGAUGCGAUCGAAGAAGCUGGCAUAAACGUAGCUCAAAACCAUGGUGGGGAAACUGUGGAGAAGAUGGUAGCACAUGUGAACAAGCCUGUGUACGUUUGCAAGAACGAUUCUUUCGUAGCUGCAUUCCCUGCUCUAGAGACUCGCAUCACUUGUGGUAUCGACUUCCCACAGGUGCCUGCUAUAGGCUGCCAGUGGUUUGCUUGGAAACCUGAACAUGACUCUUCCUAUGCAAAAGAUAUUGCACCGUGUAGAACGUUUUGUGUCUAUGAAGAGGUGGAGAAAAUGCGUGAAGCAGGGCUCAUUAAAGGAGGUUCUCUGGAUAAUGCAAUCGUUUGUAGCGCGGAGCAUGGAUGGAUGAACCCUCCUCUUCGGUUUGAUAACGAAACAUGUCGACAUAAGAUAUUGGACCUUAUCGGCGACCUCUCCCUUGUAGCACAGGGCGGAAAUGGAGGAUUCCCUGUGGCUCACGUAGUCGCAUUUAAGGCGGGUCAUGCACUACACACCGAGUUGGCACGUCAUCUUACCAUCGGCUGAGAAGAAUGUGCUUGUUAGUUGUUACCAACCACAUUCUAGAAGCCUUGAUCUGAUCCUUUUUUGUCUGCUUCGUUAUCCAAACUAUUCCAAAGAACCUACCAAUAAGUGAAUUUUAUUUUCUUUCAUAUCGAAUUUCAUUACUCUAAAAGGUUUGGAUGAAUUUGUUUUCACAACAUCCUGGACAACGUGGGGGUUUCAGAUGGUGGGAGUUCAAGAAUGGAGGUUCGUCUCAUCUUGUUCUGAUUGUUUUACUUGUAUUCCCAUCAAACGGACACAAUCUUCCAUGGUCCCUAUCUUUGUGUUCGUUUUGUCUGCUCACAUAAGGUCUUGAUGUCAUCCUUGUUCUCUUAGCAUAGGGUUUGAAUGCAGAAAGAAACUGAUCUGAUCUACAUAUAUAUAACCUAUUUUAUGUGCGACUGGUUUCUCA